AUGGCAGAUAACUCAACUAUGAUUUCAAAUCGCACAAGUCAAUUGAGCUGCGGUCAAGAAAUACUGGAAGACGAGUCCUAUCACUAUGAUCUAAACAUCUCAAUUAUCGUGAUAAACACACCGUUUGCCAUAUUUGCAGUCCUUAGCAAUCUUUUGGUGAUAAGCACAAUCUGUAAGUCUCAGGAACUUCGAGUCCCUGCCAACAUUCUUCUCUCUAGUUUGGCCGUAACAGAUCUACUAGUUGGCUUGAUUACUCAGCCUCUGUUUGUUACAUGGCGCUUGAUGUUGCACUACCCAUCAACCAUCUGUAACUCCGAAGUUGUUCAUUCUCUGUAUGAAGCUUUCCUUCAUUUGUGCACGGGUGGCUCUUUCCUAUGUCUCGCAUACCUCAGUACCGACCGUUUCCUGGCGGUAUCCAAGCCUUUGCAUUAUCGCGCUAAAGUUACUACAACACAGGCCGCGCGUAAUAUGAUCAUACUGUGGGUUGUAUGGAUUGGUAUCGUUGUGCUCCGCUACUCGGGUAUUGACGAAGAAACCAAUCAAACCAUUACCUCGGUCAUCGCCGGCACUCUGGUGCUGUAUCUUCUUGCUGCUCAGAUAGCCUUGAUUAUCAGCAUCAAGCGAAACAGUAUUCAUGCCCUGCAUUCAGAGGAAAACACCGCCAAUAUCGCCUAUAAAAGAGAAGCAAGAGUUGCGUUAACCAUUGUUUACAUUUUCUUAGCUCUCCUGGUUUUCCUCCUUCCCGCUGUUGUUGUGCAAAUUGUUCUGGGAUUCACCAGUAGCAAUCAGAGUAAAACUGAAUUGAACUUAGCCAUUUCAGCUCUUCUGAUAAACUCUUCUGCAAACCCACUCAUCUACUUUUGGAGGAGCCGAGACAUGCGCAAAGCAGCACGUAAUCUUUUCCUAGGCCCUGCAACCAACACUGGAGCAGCCGAAAGCAUUGGGUCGUCUGAUAGAAAUAGCGGUGGUAAUAGUGAAAGGUCUCUUGAGGAUGCUGUGUAG